UUACGUCUUUUGCUGGUUUAUUUGCACUCUUUUAUCCAACUCUUUUGUCCACCGGCAGAUUUUUACGAGCCUAUUUGUUCAGAAUUUUAAUAUACGAAUACCUUAAUCCGUGUAUAUUUCCUCGUCACCGUCAAAUGAUAAGAGUGUAGCGAAGACUUUGGUCAAAGAAAGAUUGAAACUUGAAAAGAAAAAUUUGUGAAGCAUCUCAACUAUGAAAUCCUGUUUCCUGCUUGCAACAAUUUGCAUAUUCGUGCUGCGUAGUGGAUUUUCAGAUGCUGGCUCUGAUUUCGACGAUUGUAAAGCUGAGUUCGAAGCAGUGGGAUGUUAUAGAGAUAGAAGAAUAAAGGGUCGGCGUGCUCUGGGUGAUUUAAUAUUCAACCAUAGAGACCAGAUUGAUUGGUUGAAUUUUGGAAUUUUUAUUUCCGAGCUUGUUUGUGAUUGCGCUAAGAAGGCGAAAGAAAAGGGUUUCACUUAUUUUGGCCUUCAGUUUUACGGAGAGUGCUGGGGAAGUGAGAAGGCCGGAUUAACCUUCGCAAAGUACGGAAAGACUGAGAGAUGUUGGAACGGAAAUUAUUCUAAAUGUCAGAAAUCCGACAAAGGCCAUUGCGUUGGACGGGAUAAUGCAAACUUUGUAUUUAAACUAUCAGCACCAGAGCCAGAGGGUUCGGGCAGUGGCAAUAAUGCACUGGAAUGACAAUACCGUCGAUGAUUAAUAGAUAUUGGGUUCUAAAGAUGAAAAAAUGUAAUUUAUCGACUGUAAAACAUAACUUCAAGGGCACUGAGGCAAGGUGCACCUAAAUUUUAAAUAAUUACAUAAACGCAUAUGUACGUCGAAAGGCAUAAAUCGCAAUUGAUUCAAUGGA